GCUACCUUUCCCACUCAUAGAACCCUAAUCUCUCCAUUUCGAGUGAAUUCGACCCUUCCUUUUUUUUCUUACUGUGCUGCCCUUCAUGGAUUCUCCGCUGGCUGCAGGAGGAAGUAGCAUGGUUGUUUCGAAGCCUCGUAAUCAAUUGCGACGAGGUGUUCGCGUGGUGGGCAAGAUCCGCCCCUUCCUCGACUCCGAGAUCACUGGAUCUUCUCAGAUUUACUUGAACAGGUUUUCUGGAGAAUAUGCCUCGGUCACCUUCAGUGAUCAGAGUAACAGUCGUACAGCCUAUAAGCUGGACUGGUGCUACGACCAGGGUGAAAGCAUCUACGAUGUCUAUAAUGGAGAAGUUAAGCAUCUUGUUCAGUGGCUAUUUUGUGGGCGAAAUGCUUGUGUUAUUGCUUAUGGUGCUCGGGGAAGUGGAAAAUCCCAGCUAAUUCAGGGAAAUGAAGAGAACCUUGGCUUAGCAAUCAUUGCUUUAGAUGAAAUCCUAGCCUUUGCCAAUGAAAACAAGGGAUCUGUUUCAGUAUCUUGUUAUGAAAUGUCGCAAGAUCAUAUAUAUGACCUUUUGGAACCUAAAGAGCACGAGGUCCUUAUUCUGGAGGAUGCUGCCAAGAGAAUUCAACUCAAGGGCCUUUCAAAGGUCCCAGUAAACUCUAUAUCUGAUUUCAAAAAGAUAUAUUUUCAUGGAUAUCAUGCUGGGAAGGUUUGCCAGAUGCCUGAUAAUAGCAUACUCAAGAACCAUAGAGGGUUGAUUGUGUAUUUAUCUUUUGUCGAUAAGGAAUCCAACAAUUCUCUUGUUGGAAAGAUUAACUUUGUUACUUUGGCAGAUUAUGAGGAUACAAAACCAAAAGGUCAUGUGAAACCUCAACUAGCUGAGAACGCUAAGAUUAGCAAGUCAUUAUUUGCACUUAUAAAUACUGUGCACGCUCUUAAUGCCGGUGAAAAUUUCAUUCCCUACCGAGAAAGCAAGCUAACUCGCCUGCUGCAAGAUUUCUUGGGCAUAACAAGUAUGGCUGUAUUGUUUACCUGCUUGAAUCCUGUUCUCUGUCAAGAUACUGUCAGUACAAUCAACUUAGCAUCUAGGUCAUGCCAAAUUGUCAAUCAACAACGUUAUCACUCGGCGAAGGUUCUUAAGAGUGUUUCAAGACUAAACCGAUCGGUUAUGCCUUCUUCUGUUGGAAAAUGCAAAUUAUCUGGAUUAGCAAAGAAAAUUGAAUUCUCUAAAUGUGCAUCAACCGGAAAGGAAUAUGCAUCACCAUCUAUGUCAAAGAGAAGGCAAGAAAAGCUAGGAAGUUCCCCAAAGAUGACAAGGGCUUCCUCAUUUUAUUCAAAUGAGAAAGAAAAUGAAUUUUCGGCUGAUGUCAAGGAAAGGGAAUUGCUCAGCAGGGCCAGUUAUCUAAAUAAAAAUGAGAUUAUGAAGGGAAUUUAUGAUUUUGUCGAUCCAAGUUAUGAAGAACACACCAAGCCAAAAGGGGGGUCAGUUUUCUGCCAUACAAAUGAACAAACUAAAAUUCAGGAUACUACUUCUGGACUUGUAUUGGAUGAGAAGCAGCCUACUGAUGCAACCGAUUGCGCCAAGGAUGACAAUGAGAAAUAUUUAGUGGAUGAAAAACCAAAGGAUGCAGCAGCAUCCCCACCCAUAAGUGAAAUGUUGAGAGAAAUGACAAGUUCAAUGAAGCUGCUAAAGACACAAACAAACUGUGUCGAAACACCAAAUAAUUCAGUAUCAUGUCUCCAACACAUUGACAAAGAGCAGAUUGAUCCUCAAACGCCUGAAGUUUCUUUUACAAUGAGAUUAGACAAUGAAAAUAUCUCAUACAUCGGUACUCCCCAAGAUAUCUUUAAAACUCGAAGUACAGGACUGAAGAAAUGUCUAGUGCAAGAUUGUCUUACCUUCCUCAACAGUGCUAGCAAGGAGGAACUGAAGGGAUUAAAGGGCAUCGGAGAGAAGAGAGCUAUGUAUAUACUAGAACUCCGUGAAGAAUCUCCCUUCAAGAGUAUCGAGGACCUCAGAGAACUAGGCUUAUCUACAAAGAAGAUAAAUGCAAUGAUGAGAGGAGCGCUUGGAGACUUUUGAUACGAGUUUCUCCACCUUGAUUCGUUUGUUGACAGUGAGAAGAAUGAUUCACAAGUCUCUCAAUCUGUCAUUGUACUUUGCUCGACUAAUAACCUUAAAAGAAAGUGUGUUUGCCCCUGGGUAAUGGUGACACCUUAGUUUCUCAUAUAUGGAUCAAAUCUCAGUUUCGACGAAUACGGAUAAAUUGUCUUUAAUAGGCGGUUGACCCAAGAAUACUGAGUUGAUGGGCAUCUGUCGUGAGCAUUUUCUAACUUAUUUUGAUGGUCGAUGAAAAUUUCUGUGGGUCAGGGUUAAUUACUCUGAAGAUGUGUGAGUAACCACUUGGUGUCAAUUAAAAAAAAUUGUAUUUUUUUA